AUGGAUAAGCGCCGAACUGUCGGUCAAGCUGAGAAGAGCGCCGGCGAAGAGGUUAAACAAGAAAUAACGAAUAGCGUCGUGGACAAGGACCGGAAGAAGGCGGCGUUUCUUACACUAGCGGGCGCACCCCUUUAUGAGUUACUAGUGUCGUUAGCAUCACCCAGGCAAGUCAGUGAUUUGGAAUUAACAGAAGUCUAUGAUAUAUUAACCAGUCACUUGGCACCCCGCCAAUCGGAGAUUGCUGCAUUCUACCAUUUCCACAAGCGUGAUCAGCAACCCGACGAGUCCGUCGGUAACUACAUGGCCACAUUAAGAAGCCUGGCGGUAGGGUGCAAUUUCGGACAGAUGUUGGAUCGCAUGUUGCGGGACCGAUUUGUGUGUGGCAUGCGCGACGCAGGUCUCCAGCGAAGCCUGCUAGCCGACCCCGAAUUGACGGUACAGCGGGCCAUAGAACGAGCCGUCACUAGUGAAGCAGCCGCUACGAGUGCGUUGUCGAUUCGAGGCGACAAUAUCCGACGCCUCGAGUCUUCGAGCAUCGAGUCCAUCCACGGGAUAAGUUCAAGUUGUGCGGGUUGUGGGGGUCGGCACGUCCGUAAGAAGUGUCCAUUCCGCAACGCCACUUGUCAUUCCUGUGGUCGAAAUGGCCACAUACGUCGGGCCAUCGCACGGACGCGUUCAUCAAAUAGUUCCGGUGGUCGAUCAUGCCAGUUCGAAGUCGAUUGCGGGUCGCCCGUCACCAUCAUGAAGGAAUCUUCGUAUCGAUACAUCUGGCCAAACGGUAAUCCCGAUCUCGUCAAGUGCCUCCUAAAGCUAAGCGACUAUCAACGUAACCCCAUUCCGGUCAAGGGAAUCACCGACACGUCAAUCUGCAAUCUGCCAUUGGUCGUCACGUCCGGCACCGUUUCUGGGACCAAUUUUUAUCACUCAUUCUUGCCCCAGAAAGCCACCAUUGCGGAGACAUUAGACUUCUAG